CCGGGUGCGGGAGCUGAGGUCGAGCACUCCACAAUUUACAUCAUGCGUCUGUCCGUACUUCUCUCCCCGCCUUCUCUGGCCAGGCGCCCGUGGAGCGGAGGCGCUGGCGCCACUGCCGUCUCGGCCCUGGCCGGGCCGCAGUGACCCGCGGCGGCUGUCUCAGGGCACCUCUGGCGCCACUGCCCCGACGUCUGGCGCCUAUCCUCGCCCGUCAGCCUCACGUUGCCCCCGGGUCGGACGGCAUGGCGUGCCUGAGCUUCCUCGGCUGCCAUUCGGGGCUCUUCUCCGCCGCCAAGCCCGCCGCCGCCAAACAGCCGGAGAAGCAGGAGGAGGGUCCGCACAUCGGGUGCAUCACGGUCGACGAGGAGCAGCAGCCGCCAGUCGGGCCGGCAGAGGCCACCCAGGGCGCGGCGAACGAGGCCGCGCCAGUCUGCGCGUGGUCGACGGACGUGGUGCUUGGCGCUGAGAGGGAGGAUUCGGCAGCGAUGGGGGCGUCCCUGGCUUGCUGCUCCCCUGCCCGCGCCGCGGAGCCCGAGGCAUGCCGGGAGGCCGCGCCCUCGCCCGACGACAAACCCGAGGAGCCGCGGCCCGCCAGCCUCGUAGACCAGGACGCGCCGCUGGCCGCGGCGGGGGCCAGCCCCGAGGAGCCCGCCCCCAGGAUCGCGGAGCCGGAGCCCGCGGCGCCGGCGCACUUCGAGGGUUCGGACCCAGAGGACGCCGCUGCGGGGAAGGCCGCCAAGGGCUGCUGCGUGCCGCGCGCGAGCAAGCGGCGCACCAAGGGCUCCAAGGGAUCCAAGGUGCAAGACGCCGCCGCGACACUCGGUUCGGCGAGUGCCGGCAGCAGCUCCAAGCCCAAGAAGCAGGGCGUUGGCGGGGGCAAGCGCGGCAAGUCGAAGGCAUCGGCGGGCGCGUGAAGGGAAUUCGCACGCAUCGGCACUGUGGCGGAAGGACUCCGCCACAUCGCAGGCCUGCGUACAAUUUGGCAAGCAGGUGCACGCCUUCCGCAAUGGCAGGCGUGGGACCGCUGGUCAGCCUUAAGUGUGCUCUUUCGCGAGCAUCAAGUCAUGCCUAUCUUUGCAACAGCAGGCGCCGUGUCAAUGAAUAUGAAUAUGGAUUGAUUGAACUAUAUGUUUUGUGGUCUGUAUUCCAGAUCUGCUAGGCACAAGGCACGGCCUGCAGAUGAUCAAAUUAGUAAAUCGGAGGAACACCAGAAA